CUUGCUUUCCCCGAUCCUACGCGCCCAGACCGAGCCAGCCGCAGCCGAAGGAGGCGCGAGCAGGAAACGGAACACGGACACGAGUCCGUGCUACGGCGAUAAGAAGGGGGGAAGAAAAAGAGGACCGCGGCGUGGUGUUUCCGUCGCCUCACGUGUCCGUCCGUCGCUGGCCCCGUUCUCGCUCGCGGAAAGGCGGAGGCGUAUGCCGUCCGGUUGAGGGAUGGAGGUCGCGGCGGCGAAGGCGCCCCGGCAGCUGCUGGCUCGGGGCGGCCUGGCUGCGGCAGCGCCGUGCCCGGCGGUGAAUAGCGGCGGCGGCGUAGUCGUCUUCUUCGCCGCGCUCGUCGCCGGGGCUCUCGUCUCCGCCUGCUGGAUGUCUGCCAGCGCCAGAUUACAGGUCGCUCCGAUCACCCCUGCCGCAACCCCAACCAUAGCGCGAAAUGCCGCAACGGGGCCGGAGCCAGCGCCGGGCCCGCCACGGUUCGCCGGCGGCGGCACGAGCACGAACCAGACACCGUCCGCGGCCGCGCCGGCCAAUUUCGCUCCACCGCCUCGUCCUCGUGAGCUGCCACCCGCCCCGUCGCCCGCCGAAGCAGCAGCGCCAGCGGCGCGGGAGUGCCCGGCCUACUUCCGGUGGAUCCACGAGGACCUGCGGCCGUGGCGCGACGCGGGGGUCACGCUCGACGCGGUGGAGCGCGCGCGCCGGUACGCGGCCAAGUUCCGGGUCACCGUGGUCGCGGGCCGCCUGUACGUGGCGCGCUACGGCCGGUGCUUCCAGACCCGGGACGUGUUCACGCAGUGGGGCAUCCUCCAGCUGCUCCGCCGCUACCCCGGUGGCGUGCCCGACCUCGACCUCAUGUUCGACUGCGAGGACCGACCCGUCGUCGGCGCCGCCGACCGCUACCACGCCCAGCCGCCGCCGCUGUUCCGGUACUGCGGCAGCGAGGCGACGCUGGACAUCCCCUUCCCCGACUGGUCAUUCUGGGGUUGGCCGGAGCUCAACAUAAAGCCGUGGGAGGCGCUGCGAAGGGAGAUAGAGGAAGGGAACGCGAUGGCGAACUGGACGGAGAGGGCGCCGUACGCGUACUGGAAGGGGAACCCGAACGUGGGCGCCGGCCGCCGGUUCCUCCUCCGGUGCAACGCGUCCGGCAAGCGUGACUGGAACGCCCGGAUAUAUGCGCAGGACUGGGGGAAGGAGCUGCAGCGAGGAUUCAGGGAGUCAGACCUGUCCAAGCAGUGCACGCACAGGUACAAGAUUUACGUCGAGGGGCGGGGCUGGUCCGUGAGCGAGAAGUACAUCCUGGCGUGCGACUCGGUGGCGCUCAUGGUGCGGCCCAGGUUCCACGACUUCUUCUCGCGGGGGCUGGCGCCGCUGCGGCACUACUGGCCCGUCCGCGGCCGCGGUGUCGCCAUGUGCCGCUCCAUCAAGUUCGCCGUCGACUGGGGCAAUGCCCACCCGGACAAGGCGCGGGAGAUCGGGCGGAACGCGAGCAGGUUCGUCCGGGAGGACCUGGCGAUGGGCCGCGUCUACGACUACAUGCUGCACCUGCUGGCGGAGUACGCGAGGCUGCUGCGGUACAGGCCCGCCGUGCCGCGCGGCGCCGCGGAGGUCACCGUCGAGUCCAUAGCGCGGGGGAGGCGGGGGCUGGAGAGGCAGUUCAUGAUGGAAACGGCGGUGGCGGACGACGGUGCGGGCGGCGAAGGGCCCUGCAGGCUGCCGCCGCCUUUCAGUGCCCAAGAGCUGCAGGCGCUGCGAAGGGAGAGGGCGGAUGUGGUGAGGCAAGUGGAGGCGUGGGAGGAUCAUUGACAGACCACAUACACGUAUAGCGUAGACUAGAAUACAAGGAAAAAGGGAUGUCAAAGACUUUGAGCCCGUUCCCUCUGUGCUAAAAAACUCUAACAUAUUCCUUCAUUACCAUAAAAUUUUAGGAAUCCCCUUAGUGCCAUAGAAAUUUUGGUUUAUACUUUCA